AUGAUAAAGGGACAGCUUGAACCUUUGUACCAAAGGGAGUUCCCCUCUUCCUUCAAUUCUUUGGACGUGGUGGCAUUCAGAAAUGGAUCAAUCAUAAACGACAUGAACCUUACCUUUGAAAGCACAUCUGUUCCUAAUAACACUCAGAUUGCGAGUGUUUUGAUCAAUGCAGCUUCAACUGUCACUGGCUUCGACAUCGAAGGCAGCUCCAUCACCGUGGAUGGCAUAUCAACUACUGCUCCAACAACUACAACCGCAACAACAACUGCUACAACAACUGCCCCAACAAUAACAACUGUUACAACAACUGCCCCAACAACAACAACUGCUCCAACAACUACAACUGCUACAACAACUGCCCCAACAACAACAACUUCUCAAACAACUACAACCACUACAACAACUGCCCCAACAACAACUACAUCUCCAACAACUACAACUGCUACAACACCAACUGCCCCAACAACAACAACUGCCCCAACAACAACAACUGCUCCAACAACUACAACCGCUACAACAACUGCUACAACAACUGCCCCAACAACAACAACUGCCCCAACAACAACUGUUACAACAACUGAAACAACUGCUCAAACAACUACAACUGAUACAACAACAACUGCUCAAACAACUACAACUGCUACAACACCUGCCCCAACAACAACUGCUAUACCAACUGCCCCAACAACAACUGCUCCAACAACUACAACUGCUACAACAACUGCCCCAACAACAACUACAUCUCCAACAACUACAACUGCUACAACAACAACUGCCCCAACAACAACAACUUCUCAAACAACUACAACCGCUACAACAACUAUAUCUGCAACAACUACAACUGCUACAACAACAACUGCCCCAACAACAACAACUGCUCCAACAACUACAACCGCUACAACAACUGCCCCAACGACAACUACAUCUCCAACAACUACAACUGCUACAACAACUGCCCCAACAACAACAACUUCUCAAACAACUACAACCGCUACAACAACUGCUACAACAACUGCCCCAACAACAACAACAACUGCCCCAACAACAACUGUUACAACAAUUGCAACAACUGCUCAAACAACUACAACUGAUACAACACCUGCCCCAACAACAACUGCUCCAACAACUACAACCGCUACAACAACUGCCCCAACAACAACUACAUCUCCAACAACUACAACUGCUACAACAACAACUGCCCCAACAACAACAACUGCCCCAACAACAACAACUGCUCCAACAACUACAACCGCUAAAACAACUGCUACACCAACAACUGCCCCAACAACAACAACUGCCCCAACAACAACUGUUACAACAACUGAAACAACUGCUCAAACAACUACAACUGAUACAACAACAACUGCUCAAACAACUACAACUGCUACAACACCUGCCCCAACAACAACUGCUAUACCAACUGCCCCAACAACAACUGCUCCAACAACUACAACUGCUACAACAACUGCCCCAACAACAACUACAUCUCCAACAACUACAACUGCUACAACAACAACUGCCCCAACAACAACAACUUCUCAAACAACUACAACCGCUACAACAACAACUGCCCCAAUAACUCUUGAACCUUUGUACCAAAGGGAGUUCCCCUCUUCCUUCAAUUCUUUGGACGUGGUGGCAUUCAGAAAUGGAUCAAUCAUAAACGACAUGAACCUUACCUUUGAAAGCACAUCUGUUCCUAAUAACACUCAGAUUGCGAGUGUUUUGAUCAAUGCAGCUUCAACUGUCACUGGCUUCGACAUCGAAGGCAGCUCCAUCACCGUGGAUGGCAUAUGUGCACCCGGCAUCAUCCUGCCGUCCUAA